AUGCAGGCAGGGUAGAAAAUCGACUAGGAUUAUGUAAGAAAAUUGUAGGAAAUAACAAAAGAGUAAUUGAUAGAUUUAUUGAAUAGAUUUUUGUGCCCUAUAUCUGCAAAUAUUUAUAAUAUCUAAUUCUUAAAGUUUAGAAUCAGAGAUAUGGAAUCAGGAUAAGUUCUCUUUGAAGUUGAGCGAGAUCCAGAUGAAGAAUCAAUUGGUAAGUUUUCAAUUUAAUGUGUAAAGAAAAUCUACCACUAGCACUUCAAGAUGAAGCCAGGAGAAUCAAAUAUCACUUUGGUCCUUUAUUUUUUGAAUUAAAAACGAUUGGAGCAUAACUAACAUUUUCUGUUGGGGAUAAGCCUAUCAAAAACUUUACAAUAAUUGAGAGGCAUUAUUUCAGAAAUGUCUUAUUGAGAAGUUAUGAAUUCCAAUUUCCAUUUUGUAUUCCAAAUUCAACAAAUACAUGGGAACAUAUCUAUACAAUUCCAGAGAUAGAUGAAGAUAUUGUAAAGAUGUUUAUUUAUUUAUUAAAGAAAUAAUUAAUGAUAGAAAAUCCAUUUGAUACAAAAUCUGAUAGUUUUUAUUUUGUUGGUGAUACUUUGGUUAUGCAUAAUAAAGCUGAAUAUGAUUACUCUCCAAUAAAUGAAUGA